GGAUAAGUGGCGUUGCCACAGCUCUCUCCUCGCCGAAGCUAGUUCCGCACAAGCGAGAAAAAGCCCAGAGGAGCAAUGGCUGCAACCAACUGCUACCUCAUGCGUUUCAUCAGCAACCAUCGACUAGCGAGACCAGCGAAGCUCUCCGUCCACCAAUUGAAUCACCACGGUCAAAUUAGUUUCCCAUCUUCAGGUUGUUCGAGGAUUAUGCUCCAUGGGGUUGUCCGGCCACUGGGGUUCGGUGCUCUAGCAACUGAAACUGCGACUGCACAAGUUGUCGAAGAGGUGGAAACGGUAGUGGCUGAAGGGUAUACGAUGACCCAGUUUUGCGACAAGAUGAUUGAGGUUCUGUUGAACGAGAAGGCGCAGACAAAUGAAUGGCGGAAGCUACUGGCGUUCAGGGAGGAAUGGAAAAAGUACAGGGAGAGGUUCUACAGACGAUGCCAGGAGAGGGCUUCUGCUGAGAAAGAUCAGGUCACGAAAGACAAACUGGCUACUCUCUCCAGAAAGCUUAAAAGGAUUGACGAUGAAAUGGAGAUUCAUGAGGACCUUCUCAAACAGAUACGCGAAAACCCACGAGACCUGAAUUUGAUUGUAGCAGCACGACGCAAGGACUUUAAUGGUGGCUUUUUCAACCAUCUUAAUAUAAUUGCAGAGGUGAAUGAUGGACUUGAAGAACGUGAUGAAAUAUCUAGGCUUUCAACCAGGUGUUUGUCCGCUGUAUCAGCAUAUGAUAAUGCAGCUGAAGACGCUGAAGUCUUAAAUGCCGCACAGUCUAAAUUUGAUGACAUCUUGAAUUCUUCUUCACUUGAUGAGGCAUGUGAAAAAAUAAGCAGUCUUGCUAAGGCUAAGGAGCUGGAUUCCACUCUGAUUCUGUUGAUAAACAGAGCAUGGGCAACAGCAAAAGAAUCAACAACGAUGAAGAAUGAGGUGAAAGAAAUCAUGUAUCAUAUUUACAAAACCACAAAAUCGAGCCUUAAGAGCAUCGUCCCGAAGGAGAUCAAGCUGCUCAAGUAUCUGCUCAACAUUACAGACCCCGAAGAGCGUUUCUCAGCACUAGCAACUGCAUUCUCUCCAGGAGACGAACACGAGGCAAAGGUUAUCGGCUCACUGCACACGACACCAAAGGAACUACAUAAAUGGGUAACGAUCAUGCUGGACGCAUAUCAUAACAACAAGGAAGAAACCGACCUGAGGGAAGCACGAAAGAUGGCACAGCCAGUUGUUAUCCAGAGGCUGUUCAUCCUCAAGGAAACCAUUGAAGAGGAGUACCUGAGGGAGAGGAUAGCGGCACCAAAAAAGGAUUCCGAACCUAAUGAGGAAGAUACGGCCUGACUGCCUGAGAAUACCGUCUGCAGAGUCAUCAGAGGAACAUCAUAUAUCGCGCUGCGGCUCCUACUUUCCCGGAGAGAACCUCCAACCAGCGACUUGCUAGAGUGGGGUCUUAUGACCACGAAUGUCGAAAUCCGCUGGGUAGGACCAUACAAAACGAUACAAUUCCGAGCAAGAGAAACGAACCGAGGGCUUUUCUGCGAUUUCUCUUCCCGAAUGUAUACUGUUUUAGAUUGUUGGACAGCUAGAUUUAUAUGAAAUAGAACAACCUUGUUAACCA